AUGGACACAAAAGACCGCGGCGACGGCGCGCGAUUUGGAAUCCCGAAGAUCCGUCCGUCGAUCACGGAAUUCGCACCGACCGCGGUCCGACCCCGCCGGCGGCGCGCUGCACGACAGCGGCGCAGUCGUUGCGGUUUACGGACCGGAAAAACUUGCGACAUCGGCAAGCGGCGGGUACACCGCCGCGGUACGUUUUUUUUCCCCGCCCGCGUCUUCGAACGCUCCCGCGAAACGCGUCGACGUCGUUCCCGGCCGGGUUAGCGCGUCGCGUAACGGCCGUUUACCGGGGGGGCCGUCCGCGGAUGCGUUCCUUUUUAUUUUUUUUAUUUUUUAUUUUUAUUUUUCCGAACGCGAAUAUUUUCAGACGGGCGUUAUACCCGCGCGCCUACUGUCACGGUCCGACCACCGGGUAACACGCGAGAUCAACGCUUACGCAGAACAAACAAGAGACCGGCUUGAUUUCGAUUUCGUAGUAAACGUGCCGAACAACGUGCAGCGUAUUCCCGAUUAUCAGCUGUCUUCCGCGGAACCGUCUACGUACCUAUAUGUAUACAAAAAAAUGUAUACGCAUUGUGUCUUUCCAUUAUAAAUCGUUAUUGGUUUAAUUGGGUUGUGAAUUCGUCAUAGUCGAUAACUCGAUAACGGCGUAAAAUACGCUUUAUUAAUACACAUUAUGUACAAUUUAAUACUAGACCCUCGAAUGUACAUUGUACAUGAUUAUCGGUUAAAUUGGGCUGCGAUAGAAUUGAAGAGGGAAAUGGUCUUGAACGUUUUUGGAAAGAUUACACAAUUCUUGAUAGCAUUUAUGACGUAAAUACUGCUUGAGUGGGAGGGGGUUAGUUAAGCAAACUACGUUGGUCAAGUCUUGGAGAAAAAUUUUACCGAGUGUGGAAAAUACAUUGAUAGGGGGGGGGGAAGAAGAAGAAUUCUCUGCUUUUGAUUUGGCUAAUUUUUCUAAAUCUCUUACUGGCGGAGAGAAUGUUGACGAAGAAAACAUUAAUGAGUGGAUAAAUUGUGAUGCCGAUGAGCCAGGAUUUGAGCGUCUUAGUGAUGGACAAAUAGUAAAUGGAGCAUUGGGUACAGUUUCGGAAAGUGAAGGUGAAGAAGAAGAAAACGAUGAAGUAAAUGAAGUAAAGCAAGUUNUUUGAUUUGGCUAAUUUUUCUAAAUCUCUUACUGGAGGAGAGAAUGUUGACGAAGAAAACAUUAAUGAGUGGAUAAAUUGUGAUGCCAAUAAUCCAGGAUUUGAGUGUCUUAGUGAUGAACAAAUAGUAAGUGGAACAUUAGGUACAGUUUCGGAAAGUGAAGGUGAAGAAGAAGAAAAUGAUGAAGUAAAUGAAGUAAAGCAAGUUAGCCAUGAAGCAGCUCUAAACAUAUAGACGGGAUCAUUAAAUAUAUAGAAGAACAAGACGAUACAACUCUGUGUGACAAAAUGUUAUUAAAAAAACUUCAAUCACAAGUUAAAAAGAAGAGUNCAGGAUUUGAGCGUCUUAGUGAUGAACAAAUAGUAAGUGGAGCAUUAGGUACAGUUUCGGAAAGUGAAGGUGAAGAAGAAGAAAACGAUGAAGUAAAUGAAGUAAAGCAAGUUAGCCAUGAAGCAACUCUAAAACAUAUAGACGGGAUCAUUAAAUAUCUAGAAGAACAAGACGAUACAACCCUGUGACAAAAUGUUAUUAAAAAAACUUCAAUUACAAGUUAAAAAGAAGAGUUUUCAAACAAAGAAACAACAACUUGUGACUGAUUUUUUUGCACAUUAAGUUGUAUUAUUAUAAAGUGUAUUUUUUUAAUUAUACAUAUAUAAUAAUAAUUUUCAAUUUCAAUUUCCAAUUUAGUUUUUAUUAUAAAAUUUAAUUUUGCGGAUUAUCCGCGGAAUUUGUUUAUCCGUGGAUAUUCUGCCAUCCUGUUCCACGGAUAAUCGGGAGUACACUGUAUUAUGUUAUUUGUCAUUGCGAUUAUUUAAGAUAAGAAAUUGAUAAUUUCAGUAUUAUUUAUAUAAUUUACUGCAAGCUUUACUGAAGUUUAAUAUUUUCAUUAC